AUGUCUCGAGCUGAAGGUGCAGCACCACUCAUUGUUACACAUCAACCAUCAGGUAAAAUAGUACGUGCUUCACGUGCAAUAACAUCAACAAAUGAAGAACCUCAAGUACCUUUAUUGAUUAUAAAUCGAUAUCGUGUAACAACAAUGAUUGGUUCGGGUUCAUUUGGACAUAUAUUUGAAGCAGAUGAUAUUCAUCAACAUGAACAAGUUGCUAUUAAAUUUGAAUCUCAUUCUCUUCAAUAUCCACAAUUAGCUUAUGAAGCACGAGUUUUAAAACUUAUUUCUGGAACUGGUAUUCCGAAAAUAUUUUGGUUUGGUGAAGUUGAUAAUUAUAAUGUAUUAGUUAUGGAAAAAUUAGGUCCAAGUAUUGAAGAUCUUUUAUGUUAUUGUCGUCGAUCAUUUUCACUUAAAACUGUUCUUUUACUUGCUGAACAAAUGCUUAAACGUUUACAACAUAUUCAUUCGCGUACAUUUCUACAUCGUGAUUUAAAACCUGAUAAUUUCUUAAUGGGAAUUUUUGCUUGGUCUCAUCGUUUAUAUCUAAUUGAUUUUGGUCUUUCAAAACGAUAUAUUGAUUCUAAAACACGACGACAUAUCGUCUAUCGUGAAGGCAAAGGUCUUACAGGUACACCACGUUAUGCAUCAAUUAAUUCACAUCUUGGAAAAGAACAAUCAAGACGUGAUGAUCUUGAAGCACUUGGUUAUGUUCUUGUCUAUCUUUAUGAAGGACGUUAG